AUGAUCUGUAACAAAUAUGGAAAAGAUUUUCUGUCCAGAGGAUUAUUGGUUGCGCACUGCUGCACGAGUUUGUUACCUGAAUUAAAUGUUUAUAACAGAGAUAACCCAUCAGAUGAGAAAACCGAUUAUACGGGCCAUGUUCCAUUGAUAUCUCAUGAAUCCUUCAAUGUUAUAGAUGAGGUAAAUGAUGCAAAUUCCACUUUGAAUCAUGAGAAAACAGAUGACAUUCCUCAGGUUGUAGGAACAACAUUGACAGAAUUAACUGGAAUUGACAUCGACUGUUGUUCAAACUUGGGACAUAAUGAUGGGUCUCAUCCUGAACCUCAUUCAGAAAAACCUGUUUUCAAUGUUGAUGGGAAUGGAUGUUUUCAAAUAAACGAGAUAGACUUGCCUACAUGUUCAAAAAAUACUGAAUUUGAUGCUGAUAACUUCUCGGAUCUGGAUCAAGAUGAUUCGGAUGUUGAUCCAAAUUGGUGUCCAGAAGACGAUGGCUCCAACAAAAUGACAAGAAUCAUCAAACAAUUUCGUCCUGCCACUCCAAUGACUCCUAAUAAUAUUGUAUCACAGGAAGAUACAGAGCACAUAAUACAUGAGACUGCAACUGAGGAUUCAGAAAGUUCAGAAAGUGAGGGAACAGUGACGGAUAUGGUGAAGAAAAAACGGAAAAUAGGUUUGAGACAACGUGAAGAAGAACAGAAGAGAAAACAUUUAGGGCUGACUUAUGAAAAUAGGAAGGGAAUUUCACAUCCAGCAAAAGAAUUCAACAUCAUAGUGCAAUGUUGUAAAAAGAAAUGCUUCGAGAAUUGUUCUCCUGAACAACAAAAAAUGAUUUGGUCUAAUUAUAACAAUAAACCCCCUGAUUUGCGUAAGCAAGUAUCAUGCGAACGGAUGACCAUCUCUAAAUGUAAAUUUCACUCAAUAGGAUCCCAAAAGGUAGUAGUGUGCAAAAACUUGUUUACCAAAUUACAUGGCAUAACAUCAAAUCAGCUGAACCUUCUCGUUAAGAAACUCAAUGCAUCAGAAGACGGGUUCAUAGAAGUAGAUUCGAGAGGAAAACAUAUUCCUCCUAAUAAGUUGAUCGACGAGCGGAUUGCAAUCAGAGUAUUCAUUGACCAAUACCCAAGACAUGAAAGUCACUACUCACGGAGAGAUAACUCAAAUAAGAUAUUCUUACCAAGCCAUCUCACUAUACGCCGAAUGCACAUAGAGUACAAGGAAGAAAGAAUGAAAAUGGGAUUGCUGAAAUCUGCAAGUUAUGAUGUUUUCCGCAACGUUUUCAAUCAAACUGGUUACAAGUUCAAACAACCUUAUAUUGACACUUGUCGUAAAUGCGAUGAAUUCAAGGCUCUGAAAAAGAGUGCUACUACCGAGGCAGGAAAGGAAAACCUCAACCAGCUCCACAAUGAACAUAUUAUGGAAGCUAAUGAGGCAAACGGAAAGAUAAAGAAUCAGCUAAAGAAGAUAAUAGUAGAAAGAGCAAAAUCCAAAUUCAGCGUGAUUGAUAUGACUCAAGAUGAUUUUCUGGCAUUUUCCAAACUAUUAGGUGAUAUUCUAGUGAAAAGAACGUGCGACACUGAUGGUGAUAAGGUCUCUUGGUUGAAAAUCAAGUGGCUUAGAUACACGAAAGAAUUUGGAAUUAUCAAAUUCAAGUACACUCUGGAUGAAACAGUACCAUUCAAAACAUUAGAUUUGAAACGGGGCAGAAUGAGAUGUAGGACAUCGAUCGAUCAUUCUUCAAUCGGCGCAGUUCCACGUUCAUACAGUGGUCCACUGGAUAUAAAUCCUUUGAAGAAAAAAGACCUUUUAUCGAUGCUAGAUCUCAUAGACAAGGACUGUCAUCAUUUUUACAAAAAUCUACCGAGAACUGGCAAAGCGAAGGAAUAUGAUGAAUUGAAUGAUAACUCAGAUUCCGAAUCCGAGGACUAA